UCGCGGGAGCCAAUUUCUCUCGGUCAGUCAGUCAGAGCCAAUCGAACGUUGUAGACCUUACUCUAUCAGUAGUUACUUGCGCUUUUCAUACGGUUACUAAACAGUCAGUUGUUCAGUUUUUGGAGGAAUCGAUUUCGUGUGUCGCCAGUUGCUAGUGGGUGAUAAAGUUUCAAUCAGCAGAAAAAAGCUUCUGCUAGUGUGUGACGAAAAACAGGCAAAUAGUGAGCGUAUGAGCUCAUAGGGCCGAAGAGUUAUUUUGGGAAAAUUGAAAAAGCUGGUCAGGGUGUGUGGAAAGUAGUGAUUUUUUUUUGUGUGUUGACACCGAGUGCCGUCAGUGUGCUGUCUGAGAAGAAAUCGAUACGACAUUUUCCCGACACACAUAAUAGGGUUUCGUAGCCGCUAGAAAGCCGGCUAGCAAAAGCGGAAAGUGUGCGCUUCACGUGUGACAGGUGUGCCGCGUGAGUCAUAGUUGGCGAGGCAUAUUUUCGCCCGAAAAACGUGUUCCUGCCUCACGGCCUACGAUUUCCACAUGUAUAAAUUUUUCGUAAACUCGAGUGUGAAAUAUAUAAUAAAAUAAUUGUGACGUGUGAAUCAUAGAGUUCCGUGCAGUAUCAAUCCGGCUAAUCUGCAAAGAACAAAACAGCGACGAAAAGAACUGAAAGUCUUACGGCAAUCUGUUUUAAAACCCGAAAUUAUUUGUUCGCUCGAAUUUUCCCAAACAGUUAAUUACAUGUGUAAAUUAGCAAGCAAGAAAAAUUCGAUUCUUCUUGACAACAAGAAACGCGUGAGACUUUUCUUCCGAAAACCAAGAUACACACACUAUUGUUCGGUUUGGUACAUUAUACAGUCUGUAGCGGCAGCAGCGGAGGAGGAAACGGCCAACGGCGCAGAUACACGGGCACGGAUCAAUUGAGUACACACCCAACCGAAUGUUUUAGUAAACAUCCAACGUCAACUGGAUGAAUUUGAAACGCUCGCACAGAGCCCAGCCGGUUUCCAUUCCAUACUUACUUUGUUCCAUACCACAUCAGUGCUAGGGUCUGUUCUAGACUUCCUUAACUCCAACGCAAAGCCAUACUGAGCGAAAGAAAGCCGUAAACUGGCAGGCCAACCGGUUACCUGUGGAAGCGUUUUUGUCCGUCUGAUUGCGAAUCUUUAUAUAAUCCUCGAUCGGACAGCACUGCGUUCCGGUUGCAGCAGAUACCGUGCGAAGCUAUCGCGAGUGUAGCUCUGGGGUGCAAAAGCCGGCUCAGCUUGAAAGUGCUAGUGUUACCGACCACCUGAGUGUUGUUGAGUCACAUGUGCGGCAAUGUGUUUCAGUGCUGUCUGAAGUAGCGGGAAUAGAAAACGUAAAGUGCUGACAUAGAGAAAGAUUGUCGCAGUGGAUAACCACACACCGCUGGAGAGUGAGUGAGCUCCUAGAGAUACGCAAGUCUCUGCGGUAUCCAUUUGUUGUACCUCGUCUCGGUUGUAUUCUGAACUUUCCUACUAGUCCGUCAGCCGUGUCUGGAACUGUGUAGACAAAACGGCAAGUGUCUAAAUACCUGGGACAGCGUCUCAGCCAAGCGUUUCGGUCACAUACAGAAGGUUAUCGGUGAUACGAGGGAGUGACGGCAGGUUAUUACACGAAAGCUUACCAAGCAGAUUGGACCACGGAACAAUCAACCAUCAUGGAAGGCUAUUGGGAGACACCCAACAGUCAUGCGGCGCAUCCUGUUAAAUAUGAAAGUGAAGCAUCCGUGCCCGGAUACUCGUACUGCAGUGAGCAGCUGAAUUUCUCCACAACGAACACCACCUACAGCGAGGAUGACGCCGACUUCGCACCCGGCCGCAGGGGGAAAACGUCACGGCAAGAUCCGCUGUCACAUCGAAUAAUCGAAAAACGGCGCCGCGAUCGGAUGAACUCCUGUCUGGCGGAUCUGUCGCGGCUGAUUCCACAGCAGUACAUGCGCAAGGGUCGUGGCCGUGUCGAAAAGACGGAAAUCAUCGAAAUGGCAAUCCGCCACCUGAAGAAUCUACAAAACCAGGAGUGCGUCCGGGAGUCUUCCUGCGCGGAACAGUACCGCCUGGGCUACAACGAUUGUCUGACCGAGGCGGCCAAAUUCAUAAUCCGCGAGCGGGGCGAAGAGAUGUGCUAUCGGAUGGUGACCCACUUGAAGGAACAUUGCAAUGAAAUUAUGAAAGGUGAACUGAUGAAAUCCCGAUGCGGCUCCGAGAUACCAAACGGUGCAAGCCCAGUGUACCUGCACCCGGGACCUUUAUCACAGCUUCGUGAAAUGCUCUCAUGUCCGUCGGAUUUGGAGCACAGCAGUAACGACCAUCACGACGUGAAGGACCUGAGUUUUCGUAGCAGCACCAACAGUAACAGCAGCAACCCACCUCAAGCUGCCGUUAUCACCUCGACCGCCCCAAGUAACGUGCAGCUUCUGGACAACUCCAGCAAUCACUCAACGAUCGAUUUUGAGUCUUCGUCACCUUCGAGAAUAUCCACCAGUUCCACAAACGGUCCGUUACAUCACUUUCAGCAAGACACCAACAACAACAUCAAUGCUCAGCACGAAAGCGUCCUGCGAACCAUUCGUAUGCGAAAGUUUUCCGAGACACAAUCGCCAGAACACGAGCACAAUCACAACAGCUACAAGUUCAAAAAUUACAUUCAACAACGCUUCUCGCAGGACACCAACGGUCACGAAAACGGCCACAUGACGGACGGUCCGCACAGUCCAUCUUCGAUUCCCGAGGAUCAGACAAUGAUUGAAGUACCCUCGCAAGCUCAGGGAAACUCCGGUCUCAAUGGACUAUGCCCAAAGCGUAAAACCGAAUGCGCCCCAGCUGCAGAGGAAAGUGAAGAACCACUGUCUCUAAAACGGAAGGUUACCCCAAUGGAAAAAGCUUCUCCUUCACCGAUAGCACACGAGGCAGAGCAUGACGAGCUGUUCAUGGUGGAGAAAAAGCCCAAAAACGGCUUAACCGAGUUCAAAACGGAACAUAUGGGGAGAAGCGCAUUCGCGUCGUACACCGUUCCCAUCUUUGCCUGUCACACACAGGGCUUCUACGUGCCACUGAAUGUGGAUUACGAUACCCUACUGCCAUACUUGAACGGAAUUGAUCUGUUCGGCAAAAAUUACCCCCAGAUGCCCCCACUGCAUCCCAUCAACAUCAGCGUCAACUACUCCCCUGCCAGCUUGCUGAAAACAACUGUCAAUGGACUCAGUUCGAUUGGCAAGGUCAAACUGGUAGAGGGAAUGGUCCCCGGAUGUUAGAAAAUAACGGGAAGGAUCUCUGAAAUAUUCGUAACACCUGAGCAAAAACCGAAAAAAUGCAAGUGAUUGAUCUUGUCCAAAUUGUUGUUGGUUAAAAUUAGCAGUUUGCUGGACAAGUACUGCUUCUGUCGCAAACAGAAUAACCCAGCUACGGAUUACGACCAUCGACAAAAAACACAACCCCCCUCCCUCAUAACCCAAAAAGUGCAUUUUCGCCAUUUCUAGUGCAUUUGUCCAUUUUUUUAUACGUAACUCAGCUACCCGUGAAUUGUUUUCAUUAGAAGAAAUGUGUGUAGUGCUGCAUACUUAAUUGCAAACCUGCGGCUGUUAACAAAAGUGCGUGAAACUACAAAACCAGAAGAACCACGAUUGAAAGAUAAGAAAAAAAACAAGUUUCAUUAAAGCGUGAGGAACACAAACAAGUAGGAAUUCCAUUGCUAAUAACGCUGAAGAACCAAGUAACUGACUUAUAACAAAUAAAUUUAACAAAUCGAAGUAUGUGUAAAUGUAUAAUUAAACUCAGGUAUACAAUAUUUUUAGCAAACCAUAGAAACAUGCCCGCGCAGAAUUUAGAUAGAAAAUGAUAAUUCAAAUGAGCCUGACCAGCGACGAGUUGUGGAGUGCUGUUAGAACAAGAAACAAAACAUGAACUAACAAACACACAAUGUAACGCAAAAAAAAGAAACAAUCCAUACAAUAGAUUAUCCUACCUUCGUUUGUGGAAGCAGUCAGUGCCACUUUUCAGAAACAGUUUCUAGAGAGAAGGAAUACGACAAACAUUUUUUCUACCGUCAAAUGAAAGUAAACUAAAAUCUUUUAAUCUGUGAUACUCAGUAACAACAGAAAUAUAACAAAAAUAACAAACAAUACAAUAAAGGCAAUGCCGCUGCGGACAAACGAGGCGCCUGAGUGCCGUUCUAGUGAAACACUGUGCUUCGAACCACGAAAGGGGCAAUGGCAGUAAACAAAACAACCGUAAUGGCUUUGUAUUUGUUAACCAACCAGUCGCUUUUUGUCUUGUAUAUUUGUCUAACCGGAAAAAAAGCGUGGAAGUAAACAAAACAACAAGAAAAGAAAACGUUUUUACUACAACAGAAUGAAAGAAGACAAGUGCUGUAAAUAAUGAUAGAAAGUCAACCAAAUAAAUUGUAAUGAAUAUAAA